AUCUAUUAAUUUUAGGAGAAUAGAUCAAGGAAAAAACACGGAAACAUGGAAUCGUGUAUGGCCAGAAGUUCGCCGAUGAUGAUGCAGUCGUCGCCAACUUUCAUCUUUACUUUAUUGCUACAAACGUUGGAAGCGUCCUAUCAUGGAUUAAAUAAUUCCAAUGCAUAUCCGAGAGAUCGCACAGAAGAGAUUUUAUGUUCGAAAAUGGAAUUCGAUUUUGUGAUCGUUGGUGGUGGAAGUGCGGGAUCUGUUUUGGCUCGCAGAUUAACGGAAGUGAAGGAUUGGAAGGUUCUGUUAAUCGAAAGAGGAGGAUAUCCUUUACCCGAAACUACAGUACCUGGUUUCUCCAGUAACUUGGGUUUGUCACAGGAUUAUGCUUACAAGGCCGAAUAUCAAAAAGAAGCCUGCUUGAGCCAAGUCGAUAAACGAUGCAGAUGGUCGAAAGGUAAAGCCCUAGGUGGAAGUUCGGUCAUCAACGCCAUGUUGCACAUCUUUGGCAACAAAAGGGACUACGACACUUGGGCAAAUAUAGGAAAUCCCGGUUGGAAUUACGAAGAAGUGCUUCCAUACUUUAGAAAAUCGUUGAGCUGUGCACCCGAAUUCAUAGCGAAAUAUGGUACCGAGUAUUGCGGAACUGACGGCCCUAUGAGAAUCAGACAUUACAAUUACACUGCGACAGAUGUACAGGAUAUAAUCUUGAGAGCCACGCACGAGGCGGGAUACGACAUUCUCGAGCCAUUGAACGGUGAUCGUUUCAUCGGAUUUGGAAGAGCGAUGGGCACCCUCGACAAUGGGCAACGGCAAAAUUGUGCAAAAGCAUUCCUCUCCCCGGUCAAAGACAGAGAGAAUCUGUACGUAAUGACAUCGAGCAGGGUGGACAAGAUUCUGUUCGAGGGCGAACGAGCUGUCGGCGUUCGAGUCACUUUGAGCAACAACGAGUCGAUGGAAGUGAGAGCGACGAAGGAAGUGAUCCUGUCGGCGGGAAGUAUCGCCAGUCCGCAGAUACUGAUGCUCUCGGGGAUCGGGCCCAAGGAGCACUUGGAGGAACUGGGAAUACCCCUUCUGAUCGAUCUGCCCGUUGGAAAGAAUCUUCAAGAUCACGUGUCGUGGUUAGCGCUUUACUUAACCUAUACGAAUGAAUCGAUGACACCUCCUUCUAACAAGAAUUUGGACGCUGCUUACGAAUAUUUGAAAUACAAUACUGGCCCGUUAAACAGCCUUCCAAUCGAACUCAACGGUUUCGUGAACGUAGACGAUCCUCGUUCCAAGUAUCCGAACGUUCAAUUUAUAAUCGUACCAAUACAAUUUUCGACAGAGUUAUCAUUGUUUUUACAUUCCUUCCACGUGGACCCUAAUCUGAUACGCGAUAUAGAAGAGGAUAACAAGGAAAUGAAAAUAAUAUUUGCUAUACCUACAUUAUUGAAACCUUUGAGCCGAGGUCUACUCGAGUUAUAUAGCAUCGAUCCGGCCGAUCCUAUUAAGAUUUAUCCGAAUUACUUCGCCGAGAAGGAAGAUUUCAAAACGUUGUUGAAAUCCGCGGAUAUUAUUAAGGCUCUCUUAAACACCGAGACUCUGAAGAAGUACAACAUGAAAUUGUAUCAUCCUAACAUUCCCGGAUGUCGAGACACGAAGCCGGAUACCGAUGAAUAUUGGGAAUGUAGCCUUAAACAUUUGUCUAGCACGUUGUAUCACCCGUGUGGAACGGCGAUGAUGGGACCGGCUAACGAUUCCAGAGCCGUUGUGGAUUCGAGAUUGAAAGUGCACGGUGUCAAAAAUUUGCGAGUGAUCGAUGCGUCGAUCAUGCCGGAAGUGACGAGCGGGAAUACGAACGCGCCGACUAUGAUGAUCGCUGAGAAGGGAGCGGAUAUGGUUAAACAGGAUUGGGGCAUAAAGACGAAAAAUUGAGAUGUCGUAGAGGUACAUGUGUAAAC